AUGACCAGUACGGAGUCCUCACUGUUCACAGCCUUAGGCCCCCACUCAGAUCCUGACGACAGUGAGCUGGAGCUGGACUGCCGGUUUAAUGAGGAGUUCAAGUUUAUCCUGCUGCCCGUGAGCUAUGCAGUUGUGUUUGCGCUGGGCCUAGGCCUCAAUGCCCUGACCAUCUGGCUCUUCCUUUUUUGCCUCCGACCUUAGGACACGACAGCCACCUACAUGUUCCACUUAGCUUUGUCAGAUACUUUGUACGUCCUGUCGCUGCCCACCCUCGUCUACUAUUAUGUAGCCCGCAACCAUUGGCCCUUUCGCACUGGGCUCUGCAAGUUCAUCCGCUUUCUCUUCUAUUGGAACCUCUACUGCAGUGUCCUUUUCCUCACCUGCAUCAGCGUACACUGCUACCUGGGCAUCUGCCACCCGCUGCGGGCGCUGCGCUGGGGCUGCCCGCGCCUUGCUGGCCUUCUCUGCCUGGCAGUUUGGUUGGUCAUAGCUGGCUGCCUCGUGCCCAACUUGUUCUUUGUCACCACCAGCCCUAAGGGGGACAUCAUCUUGUGCCACGACACCACCCGGCCUGAGGAGUUUGACCACUACGUGCACUUCAGUUCGGCAGUCAUGGGGCUGCUCUUUGACGUGCCCUGCCUGGUCACUCUUGUCUGCUAUGGGCUCAUGGCCCAGCGCCUGUAACGGCCCUUGCCAGGGGCUGCCCAGUCAUCUUCCCGUCUGUGCUCGCUGCGCACCAUCGCUGUGGUAUUGACUGUCUUUGCUGUCUGCUUCGUGCCUUUCCACAUCACCCGCACCGUUUAUUACAUCAAGGCUGUUGGAAGCUGAUGCUGGGUGCUGAACAUCAUCAACAUGGUCUGUAAAGUGACUCGGCCUCUGGCCAGUGCCAAUAGCUGCCUGGAUCCUGUGCUCUAUUUGCCCACUGGGGACAAGUAUUGACGUCAGCUCCGGCAGCUCUGCAGGGGUGGCAGGCCCUGGCUCCCCACAGCUGCCUCCUCUCUGGCGCUGGUGUCCCUGCCUGAGGACAGCAGCUGCAGGUGGACAGCCACCCCCCAGGAUGGCGGCUUGGGCAGAUAGAUUGUAACGGAAGCCGGGAAGUGAAGGAAAGGGGGUGAGUGCAGGGCAGAGGGGAGGGAACCUUAUAGUGACACCCUAUCUGGCUGCUUUCUCCUCUUUUCUGAGCUCUGGAGAGAGGCCCUCACCCUGAGAUUUAGGAGGGGCCAGAGAAAUCACGUGUGACCCCAUCUCUCCUAAAUCCUUCAGUUGCCCUCUCCUUUUUAGCCAAAGACACUAGCAGCCACUCUUCGUCCUCGACUUCUUUCUCUUUGUUUCUGUCCCCUUCCUGGGGCCACUGGUCCUGUUUCUUGGUCCUACAAGGCUGCUGGAAAUCUUCCCCAGACCUCCUUCUCCUGCCCUCUCCCCCCAUAUCCUUGUAUAGCAUGCAUUCCUUCAGCCAGACCAGAGCAUUUAACUGGAGGGGUGAAGAAGCUGGGGUGAUCUCAGUAUUGGCCUGACUCAUCUGACAGUGAUAGCCAGAAUCAGGAAGUGGGGGCACCAGCAUAUCACAAAUGCCUGUGAAGUGACAUAUGUAGUGCCCACACCCACUCCCUGGUUUCCCCUGGAAGACAGGAUAGUCUUGUCUACCGAGGCGCUGAACUAGGGCACCGUCCCAGAGAGCCUGCCUGACAGGGUCCCCAUGUGCAGCUAGAGGCAUGGUCCUGUUGAAUGGUGGGUAGCCAUGAGGUAGAGAGGGAGCCCUGAGUCUUCCCAUGGGGUGGGGACCUUGAGGAGCCUCAGGGGGCAGGACCCAAGCUGAUAAUGGCCUUUGGAACAGGAAUGGGACUGGCCCUUCUUUAUGAGGUUUGCUGAGAACAUAUUUGACAGCUUUCCUGUACUUAAUGAAAGGCAGAGUGGAUGGCUCAGAACGCAAGGGAGGAGCUCUCGUGUCUAUGGCAUAAGUUCCAGCACCAAAGGGUGGAGAAGGUUUGUGCAGAGAUUGGGGUGGUGACAGGGACUGAGGCCCAGAGCUGACUCUCCACUGGUCUCUCCCCUUUCUCUAGCUCCUGCCCUAAAUAAAGGUAAAUCUGUCACCAGCUCUUUCAGAUCAGGUUUUAGGACUUCGAGGACAGGGCAAGGCGCUGGGACUAGGACAGCUCCCCUCAGAGUUUCCCAUCCAGUCACUCCUCUCCAGCACUAUCUUAGUGCUUACAGACUUCCAGGAGUGGGGGUGGGGUGUGGAAUUUGGGGAGCUAACUCCCAAGCCUUGGGAAGUAAGAGUUUCUGGGAAGGCAUUCGUGAGAAGGGUAGGCUUACACUUCCAGGCACCCUCUCUAAAAUUGCCUUGCAGUCCUUUGGUCUCUUGAGUCUCCAGCCUUCCUUUCCUUUUGCCCCACUCUUGCUGACCUAGCUCUGAUCCCUUGCUUGUCUCCUGGCUUCUAAGGGGUCUCUCUGGAGAGUAAAGUUAGGGCUGGUCUGCAGAAAAAAAAAUGAUUUCACUGCCCCUGAGUCCCCCUUUGCAUUCUUGUAAGUGCUCCCUCUUCCUCUCUAGACAUCAAGGACCCCUUCUGCUAGGAGUUAAUGAACUGGCCUUCUUCUUACUAGCCUCCCAGUCUCAUGGCCACUGCCUAGACUGUUUCAUAUGCUGUUCCUCAUCGGCACUCGCUCCCUUUUAUUCUGAUGACCACAGUCUCCUCACCUAUCACCUCUCCUAUCCACCAGCCCCACCUAACAAAGUUGCUCUCUUCAUCACAGCUGACCCAGGCUCUUCCAUUUCUCCAAUCCAUUGAAGUCCCCUAUGCUUAACUGAGACUAACUGCCCAGACUUUAUGGUCUGCUACUUUUGGGCCACCUUCCUUCACACUCUAAUUUUAAACACCUUGACUUUCACCUUGGGACAGUCUUCUCUCUCCUAGGACUAGAGGGGAUUGCAGGUGAAGUCAGAGCCCAAGGCUGGCUUGACCCACUGAAACUUGAUGUGUUAGAACUUCAUCUAAGCCCCCGUUCCCCUUAGCCUGCUGAGUUCCUAGUGAACAUUCCAGAGCAACUCUUUCCUGUAUUUUCUACCUUCUCAAGACCCCAACUUCAUCCUCCCCUAUGACCUCUUAAGAGUUACCUUGCCUCCUAUUUGUAGUUUUUUAAGGAACCUCCAUACUCUUUUCCAUAGUGGCUGUAUCAAUUUACAUUCCCACCAGCAGUGCAAGAGGGUUCCCUUUUCUCCACACCCUCUCCAGGAUUUAUUGUUUCUAGAUUUUUUGAUGAUGGCCAUUCUGACUGGUGUGAGAUGAUAUCUCAUUGUAGUUUUGAUUUGCAUUUCUCUAAUGAUUAAUGAUGUUGAGCAUUCUUUCAUGUGUUUGUUGGCAAUCUGUAUAUCUUCUUUGGAGAAAUGUCUAUUUAGGUCUUCUGCCCAUUUUUGGAUUGGGUUGUUUGUUUUUUUUGUUAUUGAGCUGCAUGAGCUGCUUGUAAAUUUUGGAGAUUAAUCCUUUGUCAGUUGCUUCAUUUGCAAAUAUUUUCUCCCAUUCUGAGGGUUGUCUUUUGGUCUUGUUUAUGGUUUCCUUUGCUGUGCAAAAGCUUUGAAGUUUCAUUAGGUCCCAUUUGUUUAUUUUUGUUUUUAUUUCCAUUUCUCUAGGAGGUGGGUCAAAAAGGAUCUUGCUGUGAUUUAUGUCAUAGAGUGUUCUUCCUAUGUUUUCCUCUAAGAGUUUGAUAAUUUCUGGCCUUACAUUUAGAUCUUUAAUCCAUUUUGAGCUUAUUUUUGUGUAUGGUGUUAGGGAAUGUUCUAAUCUCAUACUUUUACAUGUACCUGUCCAGUUUUCCCAGCACCGCUUAUUGAAGAGGCUGUCUUUUCUCCACUGUAUAUUCUUGCCUCCUUUAUCAAAUAUAAGGUGACCAUAUGUGCGUGGGUUUAUCUCUGGGCUUUCUAUCAAAUAGAACUACCAUACGACCCAGCAAUCCCACUACUGGGCAUAUACCCUGAGAAAACCAUAAUUCAAAAAGAGUCAUGUACCAAAAUGUUCAUUGCAGCUCUAUUUACAAUAGCCAGGAGUUGGAAGCAACCUAAGUGUCCAUCAUCAGAUGAAUGGAUAAAGAAGAUGUGGCACAUAUAUACAAUGGAAUAUUACUCAGCCAUAAAAAGAAACGAAAUUGAGUUAUUUGUAGUGAGGUGGAUGGACCUAGAGUUUGUCAUACAGAAUGAAGUAAGUCAGAAAGAGAAAAGCAAAUACCAUAUGCUAACACAUAUAUAUGGAAUCUAUGGGAAAAAAAAAAGGUCAUGAAGAACCUAGGGGUAAGACGGGAAUAAAGACACAGACCUACUAAAGCAUGGACUUGAGGAUAUGGGGAGGGGGAAGGGUAAGCUGUGACAAAGUGAGAGAGUGGCAUGGACAUAUAUACACUACCAAACGUAAAAUAGAUAGCUAGUGGGAAGCAGCCGCAUGACACAGGGAGAUCAGCUCGGUGCGUUGUGACA